UUAAAUUCAUUUUCAGUCUAAGCCUUGAAUUACACAGAUGGUUUUUGACAAUUGUCAAAUUGACUCAUCACUUUAUAUCUUAUGCUGGCCUUCAAUUUGUAGGGCAUGGAGUUAUUGUAAGCAGUAGACAUAAUAUCAUGGUUGCCGAUUAGUUAGAAGACAAUGCCACAUGACCCUUAAAUGACUUAUGUCCAAACCAAAUUGUUUUUAGCCACCCACUCAAACCUUCCAUAUACUUAUUCAACAUCUAUAUAUAUCUCUACACUUUGAUAUCUCUAGCAAACUCAAUCAUACACAGCAAUACCAUUCACUUAAACUACAGACUUAAACCUCCCAAAAUUAUUCACUAAGUUACAUCCAGAGAAAUUAGUAUGGCCAGACAUCUCGCUGCUGUUCUCACCAAGCAAAUUCUUCGCAGAUCUGCAAAUAAAGCUUAUUCAACAUCUUCAAAUGUGCCAAAAGGUUGCCUAGCAGUUUACAUCGGAGAGACGGAGAAAAAGAGAUUUGUAGUUCCGGUAUCCUAUCUCAACGAGCCUGCAUUUCAAGAUCUGCUAAGCAAAGCAGAAGAACAGUUUGGUUAUAAUCAUCCAAUGGGCGGCUUGACAAUUCCUUGCAGAGAAGAAACUUUCAUAAAUGUUACUUCUAGCUUGAGUUGAUAGUGAGAUUGAGAUACCAGAACUAACGUUGUAUCAUAGAAAAACAAUUUUGUUAUGGCACAAUAGGCCAAAUCAAUGUAAAUACGAAACACUUUUUUUUAUUCAGUAAAUCCUUUUUUCUUAUCAAA